CGGGGGUGGAAAAGGUCGGUGCCGCAUUUACCAUGGAAUAAAUUAACAUCCAAACGGCUCAACCCCUUUUCCAAAUGAAAGUACUCAGAGGCAACUUUUGGUAGUUCUGAUUGUGAACAGCACAAGAUACUCUGGCGUUCAAGGCGCGGAUGUGGCUUAGGAACGAGGGCCGUCUAUUUGUGGUUGUCUUUGUGCUGUUCAACGUUCUACUCGCCGUCUUCAACGUUCUCACCUACAAGGUCUCGUCUCGGGCCACUGUGCCCUGCGUCGUUAUCGUCGCACCCACACCGCGCCCCGCAAAUGCCAAGCAAAUAGAAGAACACCCCAAGAUCAGUUCAGAACCACCGACGACUUCACAGGUGUCUCUCGCCUGGACGGAGAACAUUGGUACCCAACUCAAGCACAACCCCGCACACACGCGCAGACUCAUCAUAAAGAAUACCACCGAAGAGCAAACAGUUGUCCCUUUCAAUGUGACGUCAUUAUGGGACAUCGAGAAACGGGACAAGUAUACGAUUGUCAAGAGGUAUAUUCCAGCUGAAGGUUCAGAACCAGGGUUCAACGAGAGCGUCACCUUAAGCACACAAGGCACCUAUGAGUUUUUGCAACAUGUUCCUGAAUUAUGCCGGCGCUGGGAAGGUCCAGUGUCCGUCUCAGUCUACGCCCCAGGAACAGACCUUCCGGUUGCAGUUAGGAAAAUACUCUAUCUGCGAAAUUGCAGCUCACCUUGCGUCCGUCUCAACGUUACGUGGCAUCUGAUUUACGAGACUUCCAUGGGACCCCAGAAGCUGGAGUCGACGUGGGAUACGGCGGAAAUGGAGAUCUAUGCCCCCAUUAAUUGCUCAGCUGGGACAGAGCCACUUGAUUUGAUCUCCGAAAUUCGAAAUUCCAAAAAGCUUCCUUAUCCUAUCAACGUUGCGAGGAAUACAGCUCGGCAGUUAGCUCGCACACGAUACGUCCUAGCCUCUGAUAUUGAGCUAUACCCAAGUACGCACAUAGUACCCAGGUUCUUGAACCUCAUAACCCGCUUAGCAGCUGAAGCAGACGGGAAGCCUAAGACGAGGCGUGUUUUUACGCUGCCUAUAUUUGAAAUAAAAAAAGAAUUUCCAGCACCCAAGACGAAAGAAGAACUGGUGAAGAGAGUAAAAGGUGGUCAUGCGAUAUUUUUUCACAAGUGGGUCUGUGAUGCCUGUCAAAAUUUCCCUAGAAGAGACAAGUGGCUGCAAAGUGUUCCAACAGGGGAUGCAGCGGACACACUAGGAGUGUUUGAAACUACCAAGCGUCAAGUGCCACGAACAGCUUGGGAGCCUAUUUACAUUGGAACUAAUGAUGAACCGCUCUACGAUGAGAGGUUGACCUGGGAAGGGAAGCGGGACAAGAUGUCACAAAUGUUCGAACUCUGCUUAUUGGACUACGAUUUCCACGUCCUGGACAAUGCAUUCCUCGUCCAUGCUCCAGGAAUCAAAACUUUAAGCACUGUAGACCAGAGGAAGAGGGCUCCUUUUAUGUACAAAAACAAUGCCGUACAUAAUAAACUUUUGGCGCAGAUGAAGAAGAAAUAUGGUCCCCGGAAAGGUUGCUGACGCAUUUUGAUCAAACUACAUGAGUGAUAUAAACUCAAUGUCGCAAAACAAUUUGCGCCAACUUGGCGACUAAAAUUUUGCAUGGUUGCCAAACUAAUGUAUUAGUUAUUUAUAAAAGAAGGGAAUCCUGCCUUGAUUUUCAGCGCGCAAAUGCUCACAUUUUUUUAUUCAGCUAGAAUUUUAUAUUGAUUUUGCUAAAUUAUAUAAAUUUUUGUAAUUUUUAAUUGCAGAAUUUCAGACAGGGAGAGAAGAUUGGAUAGGGAGUAUUUAGAUAUUUGUUAUAUUUUUGAUAAUUAUCAUUAGAAACGAGUACAUCUCUGAUAUAGCAGCUUUUCAUUAUUUUCAAGUAUUUAAAAAUUCUCCUUAUUUAACUAUCUAAAUCAAUCCUAUUUGGUCUGUAGUUGAAUCUAAAUAUGACAAAUACCUCAAG